AUGCGCAAAGGAGGAGCCUUCGGCAACGAGCUCUUCAUCGUGGCUAAGGCGUUGGUUGCGGCGCAGCGCCUUCAGUAUCCAGUGCUGCUAACCAGGCGCGCUGGCGCCAUGGGCAAGGCCCAGUCGGAAGCGGCAAAUCCUGCAGCUUCCCUGCCUGCGAAGCAGCCUUGGCCUUCAAAGAGCGGCGGAGGAGAUGUGUCCUGGUUGCGGAUCAGCCAUAGCCUCAGAGAGAAGUUUUGGGACGACAGGAGCACUGGGGCUGAAACGGGCUACGGAUGUUUGGAGCUCCUCCGCAAACAGAAACGUGUCAUGGACCCCGGCGCCGGUGGAUUUCAUCAGGACCUUGGUGAGUGGAAGGAGCCACCCUUGUCCUGGCGCCCGCUGCUGGCUGAGGCCUUCCAAGUGGACAUGCCCCAGAUGAAAACUGAAGUCAUCAUGCCCGGCAAUGAAGAUUUGGUGAUGUACUUCCGACCCUAUCGGAGAAAACAGAUCUUUGAUUUGCGGGGAGACCACGCCUUUCUGACCUCUCCGCCCUUCGCCUUCUUUGACUUUGCGGUGCAGCAACAUCGGAGGGAUUUUCCCAGUGGGAAGCUCUUGGUCAUCGCUGAACCUUCGAUGCGUUCGCACCCCACCGUGGGACGUCUCUGCAGCGAGCUGGGCGCAGCGGUGGUGACUGACAUGGACCAGGCAGGAAAACAAGCCUGGUUGGCGGAUUGGGUAUGGCUGAGAAGCGCCAAGCACUUGGUGUUAAGCCCCAGCACUUUUGUAUGGUGGGCUGCCUUCCUAUCUGAGGCUUUGCGGAUCUAUGUGCCCAUUUUUCCUGGCAUUGCUGCGCUGCCGUGGUGCAAACUGUUGCCCUCCGGAGAUCCCAGAUAUCUGUUCUACGACUUUUGGACCAACACCACCUUCACCGAUGGAUCAGUGGCAAAGACCCACUGCCAAGAGUACUUCCAUUGCAAAGCCGAUGAGUGCGUGGUGAAGAAGCAUCGAACGGCCAUGGCCAGCCUCUACCCGGAGCUGUUGGAACUGAACCAGCAGGACGCUGACUUUCUGAACGCCUCUGCUGCGAAAAUGGGAGCGACCUCCUUGGGAGGAACAGCUGUAGCUGAGGCUUCUACAGCAGCCGCAACGGAUGCCAGCAGAAACGUGCCGGCUGCGACCGCGACGGCCGCAACGGCCAUGGACAAAGGGACAGACUUGGAGGCUGUACUGAAUACCACUCCCGGUCCAAUCCCUCGACACCUGGUGCUUCAAAGACAUGCGGGGCUUUACCUCGACAAGUCGCUGCAGCCAGAGUUCAAGGACAUCGUCUUGCUGACAGCAGCCAACUCUGCAUACAUGGACUUUUUGCAGAACUGGGAAUGUCAUGCCAAGCGCCUGGCAUUGGAUUGGGUGGUCUUGGCGCUAGACCAGGAGGCCUAUCAGGUGCUUAGCACCUCGGCCCGGGUCCUACUGGCGACUGGGAGCACUUCAGGGUCACUGGAGUAUUUGAGUAAAGGAUUCAAUUUGAUGUCUUUGAACACCCUGGCCACAGUGUUUGAGGUGAUGAAGGAGGGCUUUGAUGUUGUUUUUACAGACAGUGACAACGUCUUCUUGUCCGAUCCUUUUGCAGCAGGCACGAGAACGAACUGUGGUGGCAGGUCGGGGUAG